UUGUAAUACGAAAAACGAGAUAAUACGAUAAUAUUAAUCAGUUUAUAUUCUAAAAUGAAUUCAGGAUAAAUAUAAUAAUUAUUAAGACUGUAUAAAAAUGUCAUCAAAGAUGUCAUCCUUAAAACGUACUAGAAAAUCAUUUACAUAUAGAAAAUGGGCUGCAAGCGCUAGCUCAUUGAAAAAAUCGAAAAUAACAACAUCGUGUGAAAAUAUUUUAACUGAAGAUAUAAAGAAUAAUGAACAUGUAGAACAUGUUUUAACAACCGCAUACGGUGUGAUUAAACUAAUUCUAAAACAAUUAAAUUGGUCAGAUUUAAUGAACGCAUCAGAAGUGUGUCAAGAAUGGAAUAAGGUGGCAAAAAUUAUAUUUGCUGAACGUUAUGCCCCAUUCUGGUUUUAUUUGUAUGGUGGUAUUGAUACCACCCAAAGACUUACUUUUAACUAUAGUCAUUUACAGUACAGCAAACCUUCCUUAUGUUUGUUGUUUUUAAAUGAAACAGCCGCAACAUUAUUUCCAUGUAAUCUGUUGCCAAAAGAUAUUUGUGUAUCUGAUUGUGGCGAUAAUCAUAGAUGGUUACAAAUAAUUAAACAGCAGUUUGGUAAGAGUGGAUGUGAUAUCGUUGCGAUAUGUAGCAGUGCUGCAAAAUCGUCGUUUGUCAAACCCUGUGUAAGAAGUGCAAGAAUAACUUACCAAAGACAAGCUCAUCUUCCUGCUUUAAAUGGAAUAUCAUUCCCUGUUAUACCAAAUGUUAAAACGAGUAAAUUCUACCUCACCAAAGAGACAGAUUUCAAUGAAGUAGUUCGUACACAUAUUGGUGAAAGCAAUACUUUGAAAUGUUUUAUGGCUUUUAUUGGAUUAAAAAAACGUUUUAUUCUCGAACAGACAAUAGUAUUGGAAGGAUUUUUACGUGCAGUAAAUAAUCAUCAAUCUAGUAUGUUUGCGUUUGCUGGUGGAAUUGUUCAUGGAAUUAAAGAAUCAAAUUUUAAAACUGCUUUUCCAAGAAAUGAAGGGAAAAUCUUAGGCAUUACAUUUAGUGUACCCAAAAUUGGUGUCUCGGAUUUUAAUGCUUCGUCCGUUAUACUUUGGGAAACUGCACGUGAAGAAGAGGAUAUAGACAAUAUUUAUGGAAAUCUGUCAAAGAAAACACUCAGGCGUGAAAAUAUGGCUGCAUUUAGAUUUGCCUGUAUAAGCCGAUAUCCCUUAAGUGAAUUAGAAAAGGAUUGUUUUGAAAAACAUUUUCCAAAUGUGCCUAUGAUAGGAUUUGAAGGUCUUGGUGAAAUGGGUUACUAUAAUAUUCAAGAUAAUAAUGAUCAAAAUGAUACUACUAAUGCUGGUUUUGUUAAGUCAAAUCAGGAUACUGAAUUUGCUCACUCAAAUACAUCAAUAAUUAUUUUAUUAAGUUGGGGUAGAAUUACUUCGACGGAAUGAUUAAUUUUCAUAAUGAAAACAAAAAUUUUUUAUUUGAGAUAUAAAAAU